AUGCAUGCCAAAGCCCUAGAUGGAUGUGCCGUCAAUCAGUGGUUCGACAACUGGCCGCUGGCGCCCAUGGUUGCUUCAUGGAACAACAACGCUGGCAGUGCUGCUGCCGACUCGGCCCAGAAAGACAAUGAUACCCUACCCAUUGCGGGCCUGCAGCAGACCGUCCGGUUUCUGCACCACUUGAUUCAGACCGAGAUCGACGAGCUGGGCGGCGAUGCUAGCGGGGUGGUUAUCGGCGGUUUCAGCCAGGGCUCUGCAGCCAGUUUGAUUGCGGCGCUGUUGUGGGAAGGUGAGAGUUUGGGCGCCUGGGUGGGCAUGUCUGGCUGGUUGCCGUUUUCGCGUCAGAUUCAGCAGGCUGCCGAAGAAGCAGCAGAUCCGGAUAUGGCGCCGCAGAGAGGGGUCGAUAAGCUGAAGAAUAUUCUUGAAAUUCCCGUCUCUUCUACUGCUACUGCUGCGACUGCUUCUCCUUCUGAUGAAGAGCCGAGAAGUCCAAUGCCCAUCGAGUAUACACCGCUGUUCAUGACCCACGGACUCGAAGACGACAAAGCGCCCAUCAUCCUCAGUCGAAUGGUACGAUCCUGUCUGGAAGGACUCCACCUAGACGUCCAACUUAAGGAAUACGAAUAUGGCGAGCACGAGUGCUCCGAGGAAGCCCUCUGCGACGUGGUGGACUUUUUGUGGGACAGGCUCAGGCAUUGA